GGAUGUUUGGGACACGUAAGACCGUGUACCUAGGGCUAUGGCUAUUAAUGUGAGGCUAGAAGGCUAUUGACUGGUUAUACUGCAAUUAAAGUUAGAAGACACAGGCACAAUUGCACAUAAUAAGCAUUUAUUUGUAACGCAGACAUGGAUGUGUGGCUUUGAGUCCAAUCAACUGCCAAUCAGGAAAUCAAAUGUUUAUGUCUCAGUCAAGAAUUGAAAAUGGUGAUUUUGUCCAAAUCCCUUUGGUUAUAAUAACAUAAUAUUUGCCAGCCAAACUGAGAUGAACAUGAUUUUUACAAUUCAAAUAAUAAAUUGUAGUCUUCAUUUUAAUAGCAAUUACUGAUAAAGAUAAUAAGGGGAUUUAUGUCUUGAGGCUAAUGACCGGUGGAAUGUUUCAUAUCACUGCCAAUCAUAUUUCAUAACAGCCUGAAUUAACACUAUAAUUUUUCUUUAAAAAAUUAUUAUAAUCUAGAGAAAAAAUAAUGAGAUGUUAAGACAUUUUCUGGACAUUUCAGAUCACUGUAAUAUGGUGUGAUACAUGGAAAUAAUGGUAAUGGUGACUUGGAUACACUACAUUUCUGUAUUAAUGCUGAACUGCAGUGAGCUAGCAUCAGCUGGGAUUCUCAAUGGAAUUGAAUAGGGUUCCUAUCUAUUAUUAUGCAAACUCAAUCAUGACACAUGAGAAACUUACUCAAUUCCAUUCAAAAUUACAUAAAAAUAAUACAGGAUCACAAAGGGUUUUUGAAGAUUAGGGGGGAAGCAGACUGUGAGCUUCCAAUGUAAUUCUUGUGAGAAAUCCCAUUACCAGCUGAUGUACAAUGAAUUAAAUUCCUGUUGGUUGUACAUUAGUAAUGGGAUUGCUUUGGGGAUGUUACAGGCUUUGUUUGAGACCUUCAUGUGUUUUCAGUGGGAAUUGUACUGGUUUGCUAUUGGUUAUGAAUGCCAUUUUCACAGUUGACUCACUGGGAUUUGUAUUAUAUUUCCCUUGGACUUUAAAAUGAUGGACAGAAUGUUGCAGUUAUACAAAGGCACAAAAAGGCGAAUAUAUCCUCAGAGUUCUCCUGGGUGUCCCAUGACCACUCGUGGAUGCUCAAUGGGCAGCCUGCUGAUGUCACAUGAUCUCCACUGGGAAUCACAUGGGACUUCCCAUAAAGUUUGGUUGCUCUACACUGCCUCCAGCUGGUAGGUGUCAUUAACACUUGUGAUGGGGGAAGUGCGGAAAUCACGGUCCAGCGGCUGUUUCUCUGACUUCCUCCCGGGAGAUGCGAGUCCGGACUCCGCCUGCGAUGGCUCCGAUCUGGACUCCGAGCCUGACUCUGACGUGGACAUGCUCUGCUGCCACCGUGUCCAGGACUCCCUGCUGAGCUCAGCCAGUCGCUUCACCGACUACCGAGGGAUCCUUAACUGGAUCAUCAUCCUACUGGUCCUGACACAUGCACACCUCUUCCUGGAGAACUUCAUUCAACACGGGUUCCUCAUCGAUCUUUGGAAGGUUUUGGUCCACCUGAUUCAGGACGACUGGCCGUCAGUCUACCUCGUCAUGGCUGCCAACGUGUUCGCUGUCGCCGCCCUGCUGCUGGAAAAGUGCCAGGACAAGGGACAGAUUCCAGCCGGCGUGGGGCACUGCCUGCACCUGCUGAACCUGGUUGUGCUGAUGCUGUUUCCCUCUGCCGUCAUUCUGCAACAAGAGACCUGUUUAUCUACAGGAGGCGCCCUAUUCUCUCUCUGUAUCUACACUGUCCUGGGGCUUAAAUUGUAUUCAUACCAAGAGGCAAACAGGUGGUAUCGACAGGAACAUUGCAGGGCUCCAGGGAUCACAUGCUGUAUUUCACAAGAAAGUGGAGAGAGAACAGACCAUUUGACCCUUGGGGACCUGUACUAUUUCCUCCUGGCCCCCACCCUCUGCUACCAGAGGGGCUUUCCUCAGACCCCCAGCAUUCGCCUCAACUUCCUGCUGCACAGGCUGCUGGAGAUGGUGGUCCUCACACAGCUGAUGGUGGGAAUCGUGCAGCAGUGGAUCAGUCCCCUAUUCCAGAGGACCAACAGCACCUUCACUAACAUGGAUGUCACUACCAGGAUUGAGCACUUGGUGGAGCUGGUGGCGCCAAACCAUUUCCUGUGGUUGAUUCUCUUCUUCCUGUUCUGUCACUCCUGCCUCAACUUCAGCGGAGAGCUUCUGCGCUUUGGGGACCGACACUUCUAUGGAGACUGGUGGAAUGCUGAUACCCUCAAGAGCUUUUGGAGAAAGCUGAGUGUUCUCUUUCACAAGUGGAGCGACAGACACCUGUACACACCGAUGGUGAGGGGGGGAGUCCCGCCCAGGGAGGCGGAGCUACUGGCCUUCCUGUUUUCUGCAGCUCUCUGUGAGUAUGUCAUAGCCGUGCCCCUGCGUACCUGCCGUCUGUGGAUCUUCCUCAUCAUGAUUCUGGAGCUCCUGGUUGCGGUGUUCCUGGGACGUUACUUCACUGGUAACUAUGGUAAUGGAUUGGUGUGGCUCUGCGUUCUGAUGGGUCCCCCUAUGGCUGUGAUGACAUAUUUCCACGACCAUUACAUCACCUACCGUGCACAGCCCCACUGGACCCUAUACUGAACCCUCCUACCACUAGCACACUCUCCUCAGAUACCUGCCUCUCUCUACGGAAGUUGAUCCAGCCUCUACCCAGAGUGAAAUGGUAGAAAUACACAUUGUGAGGAGAGUUUUGUGUGUGCGUGUGUGUGUGUGUGUGUGCAAUGUGCGCGCGUGAGUGUGCCUGUGUAUGCAUGUGUUUGUGUGUGUGUAUGCAGUGUGUGUGCUAUGUGCACACGUAAGUGUGCCUGUGUGUGUGUGUGUGUGUGUGUGCGCGUGCAUGCACCUGUAUGUGUAAUUAGCUUUGGUCUUAUUCCUGUGCCUGCUUCAUUCUUACUGAGGAGGAAGUGCAUUAUGCCCAAAUGGAAAUAUGACUCUGGAAAGUCAUAUAAUGCUACCCUUUGAUCUGUAAUAAAGGUCCUGUCAGCUGAUAGCCCACAAGCCAUCAGUCUGAAUGCCGGUUUGUGUGUGUGUGUGUGUGUGUGUGAGUGUGUGUGUGUGUGUGUGUGUGUGUGCGUGCGUGUGGGUGCAUGUAUAAGGGGGGGGGAUGCAUUGUAAUUCCCAGUAUCUUGCGUAUGAACUAUAAACGGUCAUACAGUGCUUUUUUGUGUAUCAGACAUUUAUCAGUUUCGUUGUGAAUUGAUUUUUCCGCACUCAAAGGCGAACAAUACCAAAUUUCUGGAAUUGAUCUAAGAAACUGCACUGGAAAGCUGGUUGUAGUUUACCGGCACCAGUAAAAGAAUAUGCAGCUGUGCAUAUACUGGACUAUUUUGCAAUGCUUUUGAGUGCUUUUCUCGUCUUCCACACACCAUGUACAAAUGACUCACUCGACCACAGGCCUAUGACAACUCCAGUAGUGUUCGCUCACAAUGGGAAAAUGGAUCAGUCAGUGUGAAAACAUCAAAAGCUCCCUGUAAGAACACACGGCAUUGUCUUCUUUCAUAAUCCCUUACAGAGGAAUUCUUAAGGGUCUGGGUGACUAAGCACCAUGCACAGAUUUUUCUUAAUGGCCUUUAUGAAUAUACAGAUAUGCCUGGAACAUCAAUUCAGUUUAUCUACAAUAUCAUGGUCCUGGAAUUUGAAAUGAUGUGGUUUUUUGUGUAGUAAAUUCCUAAAGAUU